AUGCCGCCAGCGCAAUUCAGUUCCGGAAGUGUUCUCCGGGAUGCGACACUCCGCCAAAACCUCCACAUGUCUGUCGGCGCCCCGAAGAUCAAAAUCACAAUCUCCAACACCUUUGGUGGCUCUGAUCUCCCCAUAACCGCAGGUUCCGUUGGGCUUCCAGCAGGUGGUGCGGCGGGUGUUAGUGGCAUUCAAGCCUCGCCACUGGCAGCCAUCACUGUUGGUGGGAAAAGCAGCUUUACUGUGCCCAAGGGCCAGGUUGUUAUCAGCGAUGAAAUUUCUUUCGAAGUCAAACCGCAGAGCAUGCUCACAGUGAGCUUGUACAGUCAGCAGGGGCAGAGCGGAAGCAGUAUCACUGGUCAUCCGGGCAGUAGGACGACUAGUUGGUUUGUGAGUGGAAACAAGGUCAAUACUACGACUUUCUCUGGAACUUCCAGUGUGCACUGGUACUUCGUCAGCGCCGUUCAAGCCUACGUACCCACCAACACCAACUCUAUGAUGGUCCUUGGCGACAGCAUCACCGAUGGGCGUGGUUCAGAUGACAACAAGAACAACCGCUGGCCCGACCUCGUACUCGCCCGACUUCAAUCUUCCAACCACACCAACGUCGCCAUCUGUAACCAAGCUGCAGGCGGCAACACAGUCUUAAGCGGCGGUCUGGGCCCACCCCUCCUAACUCGCUACAAGCGCGACGCCAUCGAUCAGCCCGGCGUGAAAUGGGUCAUGGUCUUUGAAGGCGUCAAUGAUAUCGGGGGCGGUGCUGAUAAUGCCGCCACGCAAACCUCUAUCGGUGAUCGCCUCAUCGCUGCGUUCAAGCAGAUCGCUGCUGAUGCGAAGAAGGCCGGUUACACCACGAUCGGUGGAACGAUUACGCCUUUUGCGGGAAACAGCUAUCAGGGUGCUGAGAGGGAGAAGACAAGGAAGAGGGUGAAUAAGUGGAUCCUGGAGAGUGGGAACUAUGAUUUUGCAGUUGAUAUUGCGGGUAUGGUCGCGAAUAAAGCGAAUACCGAGCAGUUGGAUCCGAAGUACAAUGGGGGUGAUGGGUUACAUCCAAAUGUCGCGGGGUAUCAGGCGAUUGCUGAUGCGUUUCCACAUAUCUACAACGCCAUGAUCCGCCACGACUACUCCCGCGUCGACCCCAAGCGCCGCGCGCAGGUCGACCCCAAGAGACGCCAAUUCGCCAAAGCGGACUUUGAACAGCAAAAAUAUGAACACAGGCUCAACUUCUACGUCCUGCCUCCCACGGCAGAGAUUACCUUGGACGAGUUUGAGACGUGGGCUAUCGACAGAUUGAAGGUCCUCUCCGAACUAGAAGCCUGCAGUUUCCGAAACAAGAGUCCAGAAGAGACGGCCGAAUACAUGAAGAGCAUAUUGGAAAAGUACCUCCCACUGCGAUCAGAUUCGUCGCGAAGUCAGAAAUUACAGGAGGAGAGGCGGAGAGACCACUAUUCACACUUCAUCCUGCGCCUGGCCUUUUCCUCGACCGAGGACUUGCGACGGCGGUUUUCGAGACUGGAGACUAUGCUGUUUACCCUAAGGUUCAAGGACGACGAUCUACGAGAGAGGCAGGAGUUUGUAAGGAGCCUGAAUCUGGAGUGGGAAGAGGUCAGGGAAGACGAGAAGAGGGAGCUGAGGGAGGACUUGCAUGCUGCGAGUGGCAUCAAGAAGGGCGAGGACCAGGAAUGGUUCAAAGUGGACUGGGAGCGCGUCCCCGAGCUCGUGUCACAAAGAAAAGUCCUGCUGAAACGAGGAAUGGCCUACGUCCCGCAACGAGAACAGAUGAGUCUGGUAGUCGCCGAGUUCACCAAGAAGCUCGACGAAGCACUCGAGCUGACAGCACGCGCCCUCCCUCGCCUCGACGAAGACGACCGCCUUGCCCCCAUACUCGCCCACCUCUCUCAAUCCUUCACCGCCCCCGACGCCGCAUACACCACCGCCGACGCCAACAUCUCAGGCCUCAGCACCAUAACCGCGGCUUCCAUCGACACCCUGUCCCAAAACUUCCCCCUGUGCAUGCGCAACUUACACAUGACACUGCGCGACCAAUCGCACCUGAAGCACUUUGGCCGGCUCCAAUACACCCUGUUCCUCAAAGGCAUCGGCCUGAGUCUAGACGAAUGUCUCGUCUUCUGGCGGCGCUCCUUCAAACUGAUAACAGACGAGAAGUUCCAAAAAGAAUACAAAUACAACAUCCGACAUUCCUACGGCGACGUGGGCGGCGACGCAAACAGGCGCGGACGCGGCUACACUCCUUACUCGUGUCAAAAACUCCUCACGGAGCCGCUACCCGGUCCGGGACAGUCCCAUGGAUGUCCUUACCGCACCUUCACGCCGGACAACUUGCUCUCGAUGCUUCAGCGCGUCGGCGUAAACGACCGCGAUGUGCUCAAAGUGGUCAAGGAGGACGUGGGCAAGCAGCGGUACCAUGUUGCGUGCAACCGCGUAUUUGAAUGGAGUCACAAAAAGGAGAUUAACAAGGUGAAGCAGGAUGGGAGCUGGAGUGGGAGUGAUUUGGAUACCAUUGUGCAUCCGAAUACGUAUUUCAAGAGGAGUUGGUUGUUGAAGCAUUUGGGGGAUGGGAAUGCGGGGGUUGUUAAUGGGGCUGGGGGAGAGAAGAUGGAGGAGUAG